AAUCCAACACCUUCAACUUCUAAUUAAACACAGAAGAUUUAUGAAAAAUCUGGUUUAAUCACCUUCAAUAGCACCGGAAAUCGAAAAGCCAUAGAAAACGUAAACAAAAAGCAUAAAUAGUAUGGCGAUAACAUAUCUUCACAGCAGAAAGAAUAAGGGGAAGAUGAACAUGGCAACUGAAACAGCCUCCAACCAUGAAGUACGGUAACUGUAGCAAAUCAAAUGUAUAAGAGAGCCCGAAUUUACAUUGCUUUGUUGUUUGCAGGACUUGAUUCGAGUUAUGUACAAGGAUCGGAGUGGAGGAAUAAUGGGUGGUGGUGGAUCGUCGAUAUCGGUGGAGCUAUUGAUAGAAAACGGAUCAAUGAUGCUUUAGACAAACAUCUGAAGAAAUCUUCACCUUCCACAUCUAUGAUUGAUUCCCCUCAACCUCCACUGCACUCUCAGUUUCCCGAUCAUCGCUCUUUUCGCUCAUCUGAAGAUACACGUUGUAUUUCGUGGUUCGGUAAUUUGAGAGGGAAUGAGUUUUUCUGUGAAGUAGAUGAAGAUUACAUAUAUGAUGAUUUCAGUCUUUGUGGAUUGAGUGGUGAUAUGUUCACUAAAAAGAAGAACGAGAUGGUGCAGUCAGCUGCUGAGAUGUUGUACGCUCUUAUUCAUGUUCGUUACAUCCUCAGUACUAAAGAAAUGGCUCAUAUGAACUGAACUCAUGUACCCAACACACAUAAUAGAAAAAUGAAAAGGAAUGUUCAGAAUUUGUUGUUCUCAGCGAGUUCAAACUUGGGAAAGUUUGUAGGUAAUUACUAUUCAGAGGCGGAGUAAUGACAUAUGUAAGGUACAGUUUGUCAUGCACAAAGUGGUGGUGAAGAUAUUUGAUUAUUUAAAAUGAUUUUCUGGAUAGAUGAAAUCGAGAAAAAUUCAUUGUUUCUUCAGGUUAGUAUGUCUCACUUAUUAUGGUCAUGUUGUCGGAUAGU